GUUUGGGAUUCAGCCUGACACUUCCGGGUAAACAUUGCUGCCGUUACUGUUACUGUUAAAUACAGCACAAGAAAAUCACUUCCUGCAAUGUAACUAAAGAACUUAUCUGAAGAAGGCAGUGUAUGAAAUUUGGAAGAGUUAUAAAACAUAUGUCCGAGACAAUGAAUAAAACCUGGCCAUGAAACCCGAGGGACUGUGGGGUCAGUAUUACAACGGAGAGAAUCCUGAAGACCUGACAGACGUUUACAAGCAGUCGUAAGGGACCUUAUGAAGCGAGAUUUAGAUGACAGCACUAAAAGGUGUUGUGAAUAAUGAUGAUGAGCCGUUGUUCUUGUAUUUCACUAGGAAGAAACAACAUGACUGAGAAAAGACGUGAAGACACCGAGGUCAGAAUUAGUGCAGACCUACUGACCGAGCUGCUUUCUGUGGAGUGGGCCUGUUUCCCUGGAGAAUGACGCGAUUUCAGCGCAAAAUAUGCGUCACUUUGACCGCACUGGCCUUGUUCGUCUUGGUCGUUCUGAAAAGGCUGUCUCCGGAUGACAGGGUCGCGGUGGGCGACUUUGGACUACCUCAAGACGUGAAGAGAGAUGAUGAUGCUGGGAUUCACAGCAUGCCAGAGACCAGUGUGAUCAAAAACAUCUGGACGGAAAAGAUUGCGAGCAUCUUCGAUAGAGGCCCUCGAGAGAAAGAUUUUCCUCCUCCGAAUUACAACGUACACGUUUUCUACUACACGUGGUACGGAAACCCUCGGUUUGACGGGAAGUACAUUCAUUGGAAUCAUCCGUACCUGCCACACUGGAACCCCAAAAUAGCACUGGGCUACGCAACAGGAACACACCAGCCUCCAGACGACAUCGGGGCCAAUUUCUACCCCGCCUUAGGGGCAUACAGCUCUCGGGAUCCUUCUGUUAUAGAGGUUCAUAUGCAGCAGCUACGGACAGCAGCCAUAGGUGUUCUCGCGGUGUCCUGGUACCCGCCCGGCAUGAAGGACGAUAACGGCGAACCGACCGAAGACAUCGUGCCUUUGAUUCUGGAAGUAGCCGCAAAGUACAAAGUGAAGGUGGUUUUUCAUAUCGAGCCAUACACGGGACGCAAUGACAAGAGUAUGCUUGAAAACAUCAAAUACAUUAUCGAGAAGUACGGAGACCAUCCUGCGUUUUUCAGAUACAAGUCAAGCACUGGAAAGCUUCUUCCGUUGUUCUAUAUUUACGACUCCUAUUUGCAAAGUCCAGGAAUCUGGGCUCAGCUGCUUAAGAGCACCGGGAAGAGAAGCAUCCGAAACACCGCGUACGAUGGCAUCUUUAUCGGCCUGCUCGUGGACGAGAAACAUAAAGCCGAAGUCCUGGAUGCCGGCUUUGACGGCGUUUACACGUACUUUGCAACUAAUAGCUUUUCCUACGGCUCGUCCCAACAGAACUGGAGAUCCAUUAAGGCUUUCUGCGAUAGCAACAAUUUGAUUUUCAUCCCCAGCGUCGGUCCAGGCUAUAUCGACACCACCAUCAGGCCCUGGAACGGUCACAACACACGGAACCGCAUCAACGGCAAAUAUUACGAGACGUCUCUGAAAGCGGCGCUGGAGGCCAGGCCCGAAAUCGUCUCCGUGACUUCGUUUAACGAGUGGCACGAAGGAACUCAGAUCGAAACAGCCGUACCUAAGACACGAGGCCAGACCGCUUACUUCGAUUACCUUCCCUACAAACCGACUUUGUAUUUAGACCUCACGCGCAAGUGGGCGGAGAAAUACCGAGACGAACAAGGGAAAUGGCUACGGUGACGAGUAUUCCGUCACCUCACUCGUGGUAUGUCCCAGAUGAUGUCACAGUCAGCGGAACGUCCGUCAUAUGUCCUGAUUGAAACGACAGCGAGAAGAAUUAAAUACACAUAAAUACAAUCUUACGAUUAUUGAUUAGUCUGGGAAAAGUAAGAGAAAAAAUCAUAACAUGACCUUUGUUGAUUCCAGUUGUGAAAGUAUAGAAAGUGGAUAGUUCGACAGAUUAUUCAUCACUUUUGAUCGUCAUGUUGUUGCAGGGAUUCAUUUCCGAAUAGGCUUCACUUAAUUCUGCUUCGAUGUAUGAAUUCUGUAAAUCUGAGAGUUUUUCUCCCAAUAAAACAUGUUGACAUUUCCACGAAAA